AUGUGGAUGAAUGCUCGUGUUGCAUUCAAAUUCGAUUCUGACCGUGGUUAUGUCAUUAAACAUUUGAACGAAGAACACAACCACCCCAUGGUUUUGAUACAACACCAGAAGUUCAUGAGAUUAAAUCGUCAACUUGAUCCAGUUCACCAAAAAUUUAUUACGGAUUGUGUUGGUGCUAAUAUCGGUCCAUCUCUUACUUUCAAGUUGUUGACUGAAUUAAUGGGCGGAUAUGAGUCUGUUGGGUGUACUAUGAUGGACAUCCGUAACUACACACGGGACAUCAGAAGAUACGCUGAAGGAUAUGACGCCCAAAUGAUAAUAGAAGAGAUGAAGAAGAAGAAGGAAAAUUGUGACGCCUUCACAUGGUGUAUGUGGCACAUCAUGGAAAAAUUAGCUGAAAAGGUUCCUAAGUCACUUCUGGGUAAUUCUGAAUUUAAAAAGGAUUUGAAUUCAUGCGUUUGGUCUGAGUUGAUUGAACCCACCGAGUUUGAAGACAAGUGGAAGACUGUUAUGGAGACAUAUGAACUUGAAGGCGCUGAAUGGGACUUCCCUAACAGUUCUUUGAUAAAGACGACUUCUGUUACGGAAUCUCAGAACAAUUUUUUCAAGAGGUAUACUCAGUCCAGGGCUAACCUUGUUGUGUUUUUAAUGAAUUUCAACAAUGUUGUUGAUGCUCAACGAAACCACUCCGCAAAGCUGGAUUAUAUGGAUUCUAAUACUACCGCAAAGAUGAAAACAGAGUGGUCUUUUGAGAAGCAUGCAUCUACAAUAUUCACAGAUGGUGCAUUCAAGGAAAUUCAAGAACAGAUACUGGAGGCUUAUAACCACUGCAACCUUGUAUCAAUAUCAAAUGAUUCAAGUCCAGAGGUUUACAAGGUUUUAGAUCUUUUUCAAACACAUGGACUGUCACAUUCUCUGUGGAGGAUUCUGUGUGUCAAUGUGGUUGUAAGAUGUUUUCUAGGACUGGUCUUGUAUGCUGCCACAUCUUCCUUGUGUUGA